AUGUCAUCCUUCUCGUUGACUGAGGAGCAGAAAGCUCAGGUGCGUCGGCCGGAAUGUAUCACAUGCAUAGUGAUGCAUCUCGCCGUUGCCGGGAAGCACUAUCCGCCUGAUGUGGGGUGCCUGCACACGGAACCGCACCCAGGCCUUGCCAAAGCAUGAAUAGCUCACUGAACCCCUUGCCCCUACCUCUUUCCUUCCACAUGCUACGCCUUUACUGUCCAAUUGCCGUCCUUCCCCAUGAUGGUCUCGCGGCCAUCAGUUCGAUGACGAAGGUUGUCUCCUCAUCAAGGGCUUCUUCUCGACGGAGACCGCGGACGAACUACUUGGCCGGGCGAAACAGCUGCUGGCCGACAUGGACCUCACCGAUCACCCGAUGACCGUUUUCACGACGGAGGAGAACGCAUCCCACCCUUCGGACGAGUACUUUAUCACCUCGGGUGACAAGAUCCGGUUCUUUUUCGAAGCGGGCGCCUUCACAGAGGGCAAACUGAACCGCCCCCCUCAACUUGCGGUCAAUAAGGUGAGUCGAUACGUCGGCGUUGUUUCUCCGUUUCAGUGUUUGCCUCUUUGAGCUUAUGAAAAGUAUUCUGGCGUUUGCCUCGUUCGCCAUAGAUCGGUCAUUACCUUGUCAGGGACCCCACAUUCCGCCGCUUUACUCUGGAAAACCCGGACAUUGUGGGCCUCAGCCGAUCCCUCGGGUAUCACCAACAGCCCUUGAUAUGCCAAUCCAUGGUUAUCGCUAAGCAGCCUCAGAUCGGAGGCGAAGUAGGUAUUCAUGACGACGGGACUUUUCUUUGGACUGACCCCCUCUCCGCCAUCGGCUACUGGUUCGCACUGGAGAACUGCACCCCCAACAACGGCUGUCUCACUUUCCUCCCCGGUUCCCACAAAAGGAAUCGGAUCACACGACGCUUGGAGCGCGUCGUCGGCGGUGGAACGGAAAUGAGGCAGAUCCCGGAUCUCGUCGGAAGCCCUGCGAAUCCAGACUGGUCCAAGGAGCCAGGCUGGAAGUCUCUCGAAUGCUCUGUCGUCGAUCUAGUGCUCAUUCAUGGCUCCGUCAUUCAUGCCUCAUCACCGAAUCACUCGUCCGAUUCUCGAUUCAUCUAUACCUUCCACGCGAUCGAGGGUGAACCACACGCAAAAUGGUCACCCACAAACUGGUAAGUUCGACCGGGCGAGGCGAUCGCUGUUGCAAAUGCCACAUCUAGCGACCGUUUCACGCGACCUUCUGAGACGACCUUCUUGUCUGGUGCUACAGGCUGCAACCGACCGUAGAAACCCCUUUUGACCCUCUCUACGUGGUGUGA